AGCAGGAUGGGUGAUGCUCAAAGCUCCCUCAUUAGACAACAGACACGAGAGGUCAGGAAGAAAGCGCUUAUAAAUUACCGUUUCCUCCUGCUCGGCGCUGCUAGUCGCGCCGCACCGCUCCGCCGGACGCGCCGCACCGCCGCAGGGGCGCAGCGGCGCGCAGGCACCGCGGCCAGCGGACACAGGAAAAGAAAAUACAUUCAGCAGAGACUCUUCUUCAUUGCCUCAUCCUAUGGAGGAAUCACCACUGCCCAUCUACAUUGAGGAGGGGACAGAAGUCCCGAUUGCCAAAAAGGAGUUGAUUGCUCUUGGCAUCAGUCAAAUCUGGACCCAGAAGACCACAGAAAGCAGAAAUAUGGCAACAAAGGAAAAGCUUCAGUGCUUGAAAGAUUUCCACAAGGACAUCCUCAAACCUUCCCCCGGCAAGAGCCCGGGGACACGGCCUGAGGAUGAGGCCGAGGGAAAGCCACCGCAGCGGGAGAAGUGGGCGAGCAAGAUCGACUUCCUGCUGUCCGUGGCGGGCGGGUUCAUUGGUUUGGGCAACGUCUGGCGGUUCCCGUAUCUCUGCUACAAAAACGGCGGAGGUGCAUUUCUUAUACCUUAUUUCAUUUUCCUGUUUGGGGGAGGUCUUCCCGUGUUUUUCCUGGAGGUGGUGCUAGGACAGUAUACCUCCGAAGGUGGAAUUACAUGCUGGGAAAAGAUCUGCCCUAUUUUCACUGGAAUUGGUUAUGCUUCCAUAGUGAUUGUGUCCCUUCUGAAUGUGUACUACAUCGUGAUCCUGGCCUGGGGACUCUACUACCUGUUCCAGUCGUUCCAGAGCGUCCUGCCAUGGGCACACUGCCACCAGAAGUGGAACACGCCCACCUGCGUGGAAGACACUCUCAGGAAGAACCAAACGCUUUGGAUAUCUCUGAAUGCCACUAACUUCACCUCUCCUGUCACAGAGUUUUGGGAGCGCAAUGUGCUGAGCUUGUCCUCGGGAAUUGAAGAUAUUGGUAUUAUCAAAUGGGAUCUAGCACUGUGUCUCCUCCUUGUCUGGGUGAUCUGUUUCUUCUGCAUUUGGAAAGGAGUCAAGUCCACUGGGAAGGUAGUGUACAUCACUGCCACGUUCCCAUUCAUCAUGCUCCUUGUUCUACUCAUCCGUGGUGUGACCCUGCCUGGAGCUGCAGAAGGCAUCAAGUUUUAUCUCUACCCUGAUAUCUCACGGUUAGCUGACCCACAGGUCUGGAUAGAUGCAGGGACACAAAUCUUCUUCUCAUAUGCAAUCUGCUUAGGAGCAAUGACUUCCCUGGGGAGCUACAACAAGUACAAAUACAACUGCUAUAGGGACUGUUUGCUGCUGGGAUGCCUGAACAGUGGUACCAGUUUUGUGUCUGGCUUCGCAAUUUUUUCCGUCCUGGGCUUCAUGGCACAAGAGCAAGGGGUGAACAUUGCUGAUGUGGCAGAGUCAGGUCCAGGCCUGGCCUUCAUUGCCUACCCAAAAGCCGUGUCCAUGAUGCCACUGCCCACCUUUUGGGCAAUCCUUUUUUUUAUUAUGCUUCUGUUGCUUGGACUGGAUAGCCAGUUUGUUGAAGUUGAAGGACAGAUCACGUCAUUAGUUGAUCUGCACCCAUCCUUCCUAAGGAAGGGUUACCGACGGGAAAUCUUCAUCGCUAUAGUGUGUUUCCUUAGCUAUCUUCUGGGACUAACUAUGGUGACUGAGGGUGGCAUGUAUGUUUUUCAACUCUUUGACUACUAUGCAGCUAGUGGUGUAUGCCUUUUGUGGGUUGCAUUCUUUGAAUGUAUUGCUGUAGCCUGGGUUUAUGGCGCUGAUAAUAUUUAUGAUGCCAUUGAGGAUAUGAUUGGAUACAGACCUGGUCCCUGGAUGAAAUGGAGCUGGAUUGUGAUCACACCAGUUCUUUGUGUGGGGUGCUUUAUCUUUUCUUUGGCCAAGUAUAAACCACUGACCUACAACAAGGUCUACACAUACCCAGACUGGGCAAUUGGCCUGGGCUGGGUUCUUGCCCUUUCCUCCAUGAUCUGCAUCCCUAUGGUGAUGGUCAUCCGCAUCAUUCAGUCAGAUGGGUCACUCAUUGAGAGGAUAAAGGCAGUGGCUGCCCCCAAGGAAGUGAAUCGAUGGUCCAAAGAAACAGAGAGUGCCAUCCCCUUCUACCCCAAUGGAACUUCGAUUGGCGGAUUGAUCAAGCCAACUCAUAUCAUUGUGGAAACCAUGAUGUGAGCUCUCUCUGUGAGAGGAUAAACCUGCUUUAACUGCCGUUUACUAACCAUAGAUUCUCAUAGGACCAGGUUUACAGAGCUUUAUAUUUGCACUAGGAUUUAUUUUUAUUUCUCACAGAGAAAGUUAUUUUUUGUGUGUGUGGUUUUUUUUUUUUAAUAUUUUGUAAGGUAAUCACAGCAGACAUCUCUCUGUAGAGGGAGAGCUUUCAUAUCAGACUAGACAUAUUACAAGAAUUUACUAUUAUUGGGUUUUUUAAAAUAUAUAUAUCUUUAUCUCUAAAUAUUACACACCUAACCACUUGAAUUGAUUGUCUUACCAGCAAUACAUUCAAGUCUCAGAAAGCAAUUUUAGGUGCUGGUAUGGUUGGGAGCAGGGUAACCUACAGAACACACAAAAGAAGCUCUGUUGAGAGAUACAUUUUUUAAAAAAUGCUGUUUCAAGAAAAUUUUCAAAGGUGUAGUAUUUCCACCCUCUGGUUCAACUGUGGUAAACGGCAGGUGUCAGGGUCACUUUAGGCAGUGGGCACAGUUCUGUUUAGUGCAGUCCUUGGAUAAGGAUAUAGCCAAACAGCUGGAGUGGAGAGCUUGCAAGGGAUGCAGAGAAGCUGGGUGUGAACAGUCUUGCGGCUGUCCCUCCCAGGGACAGCACUGGGACCCUGUCACACUGACUGAGGAGAACUUGAGGAAGGCAUUGGCAGGAUUUGGCAUGGUUCAGUCUUUUUUUGUUGUUCUUUUUAAAAUUUUGGGUUGGUUUGGUUUUUUUGGUUUUUUGUGGGGUUUUUUUUUUACUUAAGUGAAAUGCCUGCUGUUUGUGUGUGAGCAGGGAGGUGGAGUAUCUGCUCCUGAGUUUUCCAGCAAACUGUAUUUUGGUGUGGUGGCACUGGUGUAAAAUUGAAUUCUGCAGACAGGGAGGGCAGCCUGUCCCCAGGGCAGCAGGGAUGAGCACAGAGCAGCCAAGAGGGGAAAAGCAGCACCUGCUCUCUGGGUGCUUUUCACUUUCUCAUUUGGACUUUGGGUAGGAAAAUAAAGGAAUCACUUCUGGACUCUGACUGUCCAGAGCUGAACACAAACCAGGUCAUCCCUGACAGGAGGAACAAAACCACUCACCUGGUGUAACUGGUAUUGAUAACAGAUACAUUGUUAAUAAUAAUAGUAAUGGUGAUAAUAAUGUCACACAGCAAACAGGUGCUUUUCAUCCAUGUAGCUCAAAAAUGCUUUUCCAAGUUUGGUAACCAAGAUUUGCUUUAUUUAUUUAUUUGGGGGAGGGAGGUCAUUGCUGUUGGAGGAACAGACAAAAGGACUAAGUGAGUCCCUUGUCCGUGUUACUGAAUAGCAGCAGUGGACCUGGAACCUCCAGUCUCCUUGCUCAUCAUUGGACUAAACCAUGAAUUUAUUUUAUUUUACAUUAUUUUAUUCUAUUUUAUUUUAUUUUUAGGGUGGCUGGAGGGUGGCAAACAUAUUUAUGAAUCUUUGCUGAAGAAACAGGGCUGUUUGGAAUUUAAAUUAAAGCAAAGGGAACAUGUAACACUGAAAUAUUUUGUGUUGGUCAGAAGGAAUUGGGUACCAUUCCAGGUGAGACUGGGAAAUGAAGAGAAAUGACUACAAGGAGUACAGGAAUGGGGAUUCCACUUCAUGUAGUGCAGGUGGAUGUUUCUGUGGGGAAUUGGAUCCCUGAAAACUGUCCAAAACAUGGACAAAAGUAUUUUUCUUUUCUUUUCUUUUUUUUCUUUUCUUUUUUUCUUUUUUUUUUUUUUUUUAACUUGAGCAGGUUGUGCUGGGAACAGGUUCUCUGGCAAAACUCAGCUUUGUCUUGUGGGCAUUGUAUUAGAGGAAGAGAGGUUUUUUUCUUAUGAUACCACAGGUAGUCUAUCCAAAGGUAUUUAGAAGAAAUGCUUGAUAAAAGCAGAGUUUGUAUCUGCUUAUUCUGCUGUCAGCUUAGUCUGUCAGGGCAGAGGUUGUCAUUUAUUUAAACAGGAACAUAAACAGUUCUUAACAUUCCUACACAGUAGCUUCAUUUCAUUUUCUCCCGCCCUGUGUGCUAACUGGCCACAGCAGCACAAACAUUUCUUAGCUUGUUGGUUUCUCUGUAACAGAAACAGGGAGAUGUAAAACCAAGAGAUGGACCAAAAUAAUUACUAAUUAUUAAAGAAAAACAUCGCUGCAUCUAUAACUUUCAAAUCUUUCUAGUUUGAAUUUGUGGAUAUUUUUACAACAGAGAGCUGAGUUGCAGCAACCAAACCAGCUGUGGUAGAAUUGUUUUCUUUUUUCUGGUUGCUGUGUUAUGAGAGUUCUGAAGGAAACUUUUGCACAGUUGGAGAUGGCAAAUAUCUAAAUGACACCUGCUGGGCCAGUGGCAGAAAACAUCCAAGCUUACAGGAAGAAUUCUGAGAGCCAGUGGGUGUCAUCAAAUGUGCCCAAAAUAAAGAAAAAUGCAUACAGCAAUUUUCUUUUUUUUAACAAUCAAAGGCAAGGAAAUGUAACCAAAGAUAACUCUCUUAGUGGGCUCCAGCUUGGACUCUCAUUUUUGAGUUACAAUCAGGGUCUGCAGUAAACAGACAUGGGUGAAGAGGAAGUAGAAGGUUAGGGGGGUCUAAAUUAAUGGUUUUUGUGAGUGCAGAUGAAACACUGAUGCUUCAUUUAUUUCUUUUUUUUUAUAUAGACACAUUGUCAUACAACUGUGUUUGAGAUUAUUUAGUUUGCAUGUGACUUUUGUGCUAUAGAGCUGAGACAAGCUUUAGUUAGGGAAAAAAAUGGUUUGGCUGCAUCAAAAAUGUCUCCAGCGAGUCAGCUGGGUGUUUAGGCAUCUCCUGUGUUAUGGAGAGUGUCUUAGUGGGCAGAACCAGAGGGAUAAUACUACACCUUUCAAAAUACAACGACCAGAGACUAGAACCCAGCCCCAUUUCAGUACAAACUGUGCCAUUCAAAUCAGUUGCUUCCAUGUUCCAAGGGAAAAGGUCUCGCACAUAUGCAACAACCUUUGUGAAGAAUCUCUGUCAGCUUCCUUGGCCCUGCUGUGCUUUUCAGCACGACUACAAGGGAGGGCUGGGACUCACCAAGAGCCAAGAAAUCAUUGUUUCUCAAACAGUUCCCCUCUUCCCUCCUCCCUCCCCUGACCAAAAAAACCAAAAGUACUUAAUUCUUUUUGUUUUAUCUGAGGUUUGAGUUCCAGUGAGAACAUUUGCAUUUUUACAGUUUGGGGUUUUUACCUAACGAUUUUAUCAGAUUUCUAAACUUUUCUUGGUGAUAAAUUUGCAUUUCAACAUGAUCGUCUGCCAAAUUUAUUAAAAAAUAAUUUUUAAAGAACGUUUGUGUUUUCUACCUAUUUUGACUGCAAAGACAACUGACUUUUUUCCUGUAUUUACUUGUUUAAACUCUUAUGACCUAUUUUACCUGUUUUGUGUAAAUGAGGAACUCUGUGUUAAAACAUCAUGGCUAGUUAUAGAUGAACGGGUUUGGAUCUGGGGAAAAAAGUGCAGUUUUGGCAUGAGAUCUUUAGAACCAGAUCCCCGAGAUUUAAGCCAGCGUAAACCAAGAAAAAACGCACACCUUUUCAUGUUUCAUGUACCUUUGUAUUCCUGGGGUCUUCUGGGCUUGAAAACAGCAGCGUUUCAGCAGUAUUUAUUUCCAGCUGAACUGCAAUCAAGACAUAGCAGAAAUGUAAAGGGGACCAUUUCCCCAUGAGAUUUUUCUGACCUGCUUCUUAUUUUUCUCAAUUUUCCAAACCUUUUCAGUUCACCUGUCACUAGUGAUGAUCUCUCUGAACGAGCAUCUAUUCUAAGGGACUUUACCAGUAGUCUGUAUCUCAGUGUUUAAACAGUAUGAUUUCAUAAAUAGAACUGGGUUUUUAUUGUUGCUGUUAUUCUACUUUUCCUUCUCAUCUAUAGCUUUCCUUUUCAUCUGGUCCAAACAGAUCCACAAAUCUAGAAAAGUCCUCUUUCAAGUUUGAGAUAGUAGGUCCACAAUGGAUUUGUUCUUGUGUUGUAAAUGAAAAUACAAAAGCCUGGCAGCUGUAUUUACCAUCUAGAACAGUGCUGGUGGCCACCCCACAGCAGCAGCACAGCUCCUGAAAUUAGGGGUGGAGGGGGGUUAGGUAUGAUCUGCUGAAACAGCUCAGCAAAAUUGAUUUUCACUGCUGUUCUUGUGGAGGAAAUGAGAAAAAAAGCAGGGGAGAAAAAGACAGUGCAGCCUUACAGUUGCUGUAACAACAAAAAACCCCAACAACAUCAGCAGAGCUUUUACUGUCGCUGCCAGAACAGCACCUCCUGCAGCUGUCUCCAGUCCUGUGUUCCUCCUCCUUUCCCAACUGCAGAUGCUCCUGGUUCCUCCUCUUUGUCUCAGCGUUAGAUAACUCAAGUAGAUCUGAAGACACACAGACAUCUCCAUGCAAUAGAUCUUUUCCAAGUCUCCUCCUGGUCUGUUUUUAUUUGCUAAGGAGACUUUCAGUUUUGUUGAGGUUGUGCUUGUCACACUUGGGUUCAAAGCUCCCACUUGUUGCAUCAUGGCAAACUUCCAGCUGUGGGAGAAGGAUUUGAACACUUUUGAAUAACUGAUUAUUAGCUUCCAUGUCUUGUGGUCCCUGCAGGAUCACUCUUGGAGGCAUAAUGUAUAUAAAAUGUUAAAUAAGCUGUGCAUUGAAUGCAGUGGACAAGUUAGUUAAGCAGCUCAAGUACACUUGGAAGAAAGAUGACCCUGACAUCAUUUCCAAGGAGAAUCAAUGAAAGUUGCUCACUUUCAGUAAAAAGAAUAAAAAUAAAUCUGUGUUUAAGUAGACUAGUAGAUGAAAUCUUCCACCCUCAUAUGCACGCACACAGUGGGGACAUUGCUUCUAUUCCUAGGCUGCAAAUCACGUGUGUAAAUCUUGCCAAGCUGUUCAGGAUGAGGAUUGAGGAGGUUUAGGCACCACUUACCUGCAAAGAGCCAACCUGCCAGGGUGUCCAAAUGGUCUUUCCUAAAUGGGGAUGGUGGAAGAGGGAAAGUAAUAACAAAAUCCUGGACCAUGGCCCCUCCAAAGAAGCCUUAAGGUUCCAUUUGUAAGCUCUCCUGGCUCCUUGUAGGCAUCACAUGGCUCCUGGCAUGGGAGGUUGGGUGUGGUGUGGGUUCAGGCAGCUGCCCUGGACUUGUUUUCUCUGAAAUCAGCAUCCAAAGCCUUGUGGUUAGGAUUGACGUGCAGUUGUGUAUUUGUAUAUUUGCAUGAGCAAAGGUCAGGAACUGUCAGACCCUGGUAGCUUGUUUUAUUUCUUAAAGAUAAGCUUAAGAAACAAAGUACUUAGUUGAUUUGGUGACACUUGACAUUUAAGAAACCCUUGAACUAGUGCAAAAGAGGUGCCCUGAGCUUCAUAUUUUGGUCACAAAAAUUUUCGUAUGGUGUUAGCAGUCAAUUUGAGUCUAUGGGAAAGAUUGCUCAAGAGAGACUUGAAUAUAACCAGCACCAGCACCCACUGGAAAACUGCCUGAUCCAGCCCCCACCCUCCACCAGAUUGUGGCUCUUUUCUGUUAGCCCAAAAAAAUGUGUACAUGGACAACACUUCUCUGAAAAAAAAAAACCAAAAACAAAACUCAAUUUGUUUGUUUCUUAUUAAAAGUAAACAGAAAAAGUCACAUUCUUUGUGUGGUUUUUUUCCAGUUGUCUUUGGGAAUUGGUAAUUUCAAUUUACCCAUGUCCUAAAGCAAGAACAGAAAUAGCUUUGAGACACCAUUUCAUCGGAAACAGGGACAAGCUCAAAAUUUUGCAGGUUGAAAACUUCAAGAAAGCAAGUCACCCACCCAUCCCCAUCAAAGAUUGAAAACUUUGGUGACAGGGUUUGUGCCUGGAAAAGAGCCUGACCCUGCUGGUAAUGUUGGGCAAUUAAAUGGCAGACACAGCCUUUUUGUAUUGCUGCUGUGUCCUCAUUUGAAAUAAUCAGUAAAAGUGUCAGAAUUUAAUUACCACGAGCUUUAGGAGUAAAGUAAAUUGAAGAUAAUUUCAAAGGGGCAAGUUUGGGAGGUUUGUUCCCUGUGGAUCUGCAGUGCUCAGCGGGGUGGUGCUGCUCACUUUCACAUUUGCAGCACAGGGAAAACAUGGCCUGACUCAAGAAAUCAGAAGAAAUAAGGGGAAAAAUAAAGCUAUUAAAAAAAAAAAAAAAAAAAGUAGAACUCGAUGAUGCUAAGGAGCUGUGCAUGUGCUCUGUAGGGCUUCAGUCCCGUAGCACAGUGAGCACGGUACUGUUCCUAAUGUACCUGCUUCUGGAGCUGAGCUGUUAGAAAGGGUUGAACUUUUUUCAAUAUACAAAGAAAAAAAAAGAAGAAAAAAAAAAACCAAACAGUGGCAAAAUUAUGCUGAGAGGCUGAUAAACAAAACCUGAGGGGGCAAGUUGAGUUAGUCCGUGACCUGCUCCUGUCCUGGAAGCCAGCGCCGGUCUCUCAGCAUCGCAGCAUCCCAGUACUGUUCUGAAGUGCUCGUUGUUCAAUAGGAUGUUAUUUUUUCUCCAGUGUAAUGUUGUGAUUGUUACCUGAUAAUGUUGCCAGGGACUUCACAUUGUAAGAGGUGGUCCAUCUUGUUUGAUGUAUUUGGCUAAAAAACAGUGGUGUUUUUUUAACUAUUUAAACUCCUAGCAACUGUGACUACAGUAAUGUGAUAAUGAGUAGCACAUGCAGCGAGGAGGCGAGGGUGAUGAUAGCCUCCUUAAAAAUGUCAGCUGAACUUUUUUAAAAGAAAAAAAACCUUAAAAAUAUUUUUAAAACAUUCUAAACCAUUUUUGUGCGUUCCAAAAUGGAACAUUUGUAUUUGAAAAAAAAUCCUGGAGUGUAAUUUAAUCCUAAAACCCCCUAGCCUUUGUGUAUAUGGUAAAUGUUUGUAUUUUGCGGUUUCUGUUUUGCUUUUUAGAUAAAUGAAAUGUAUAUGGACAUUUUUAAGUCAUCUUUGCUUUUUUAGAUGAGUUUGUAAUCACCUUAUAACUGAAAAUAAAACUUUCCUUUAUAAACCA